CUCACCAAUCAAACAAAGCAAUCUUACUAUCAACAUCGAUCUGCAGACUGCAAUCAAGCUUUCUCUCUCUGAAAUUUCAUCAUUUCCAAAGUUGCGAAAUUAGAUUCCUAUUCGGUUUCUGUUUUGUUUAUAAUCAUAUAAUUAUUUUCUAGUUCGCUUGCAUUUCUUUACAGGAUCUGUUCAUUUUGUGUUUAAUCUUGGUUCAAUAAUGGCUGAAAUGAAAGAUGCUCAUAUCGUAGAAAUCCCAGUAGAUGAAGAGCACCAACAGAAGCUUCUGUGUGCCAUGAACACAGUCACAGCAAUUCGGAACCACCCACUAACAGAAAUCUCCCACAGUCCAGGCCAUCUCCUUCUUCUCAAGCUCUGGCAAAGAGAAGAAGAUAUUUUCUGCCGCCGCAUUGCAGCGAAAGAGUCCAGGAUGGACGCUAUCAAACUCGAAAUCUUCCAACUUUGUUGUUUCUUUUUACUCUUCCAUGGGAUCUUCUUAACCAUCUUGUUUACCUCUUCUGUCAACAGCAGAGAGCAUACUUGCCGAAAAUGGUGGAUACCGUCUCUUGUGUCAGUCUCCACUUCACUGAUGUUUGUGUUUCUGGUUCAGGUUAAAGUUUUCAGGUACUGGAAGGUGUGGAGGCAGUUGCAGAGGGAGAGGAAUGAUAACAGAGCUCUGACGAGGUGCAUUCAAGAGCUGAGAAUGAAAGGGACGAGUUUCGAUUUGUCGAAGGAGCCACAGAGCGGGAAGAAAAUGAAGAGCUCCAGUGUUGAGAUAAAAUGGAAACCACUCACUUGGUGUUCACAGUAUCUGAUUACUAUCUGUCUUGUUUGCUUCUCAGGUUUGGUGUUUCCUGCCUCCAAAUUCAUCCUCUGCGGGUUCUAAAUCAGGGAAUUUGAUCAAGAUAGAUUUCAAGAGGCUGAAAAGAAAUUUGCAUAUACAAUUUAUCAUCAAACUAUGUCAUUCUUCUUAGUUUGGUGAUCACAAUCAGGGGGAUGAAGCAUCUCGGUCCGAUCUGAUUCUAUCAUUUCUUGGGGCAAGGGAAGAAUGCUGCCUGCGUGCAAUUUAACAACUCGUGGCUUAGAAUUUUUACUUUGUAUUUUUUCCUGCUCUGCAGAAUCAGAACUAAUAGCUUUUGAAUAAGCAGCAACACACAGCUUGUGUGUUUGCCUUUUCUUGUUUUGUGAAGUGGAACUGUACAAGCUUCUGAGAAUUGGAACUAUUUUCACUCA